AUGACUGAAUCAACAGAACUGGGAACAGAUGGCAUUUCUCUGCUCAAGGCAGUCUUCCAAAGCCGACUCCGUCUGACUCGGCUGCUUUUAGAGGGAGGGGCUUAUAUAAAUGAGAGCAAUGAACUGGGGGAGACCCCCCUUAUAGUAGCCUGCAAGACACAGCACACUGAUGCACAGAGUGUUCCUAAACCCAAGAUGGUUCGAUAUCUCCUUGAAAACGGCGCUGAUCCAAACAUCCAAGACAAGACGGGAAAAACAGCUUUGAUGCAUGCAUGUCUUGAACAAACCGACCCUGAAAUUCUGUCCCUUCUGCUGAACAGUGGAGCUGAUCCAACCCUGGAGGAUCGUACAGGAUCAUCAGCUUUAGUCUACGCAGUCAGCUCAGGGAACAGGAAAAUCCUCCGGCUGCUCUUGGGUGCCUGUAAAGCGAAGGGGAAGGAGGUUAUCAUUAUCCCUACCAAUAAAAUUCCCUCUGCCCCUCAGAGGAUGAAACAGUACCUCAACGUUCCACCAACCCCUCAUCUUGAGGAACGUCUAUCUUAUCCUUCAGUGUCUAGUUGUAGGUUUUCAACUGAGGCCAAGAUGGAAACUCCUACACAGGCCCCCUUACCUUAUCCUGCUACCCAGACUUGCAGCUCUCUUCUUAGUCUUAGUGAUUCGCACUGUGUGGAUGUAAGCGCCUGUAAGGUUAUAUCCCAAACAAGCUGUCCAAACCAACCACUUAUUUCUGAUUUGGAUAGACGACUUUCCUUCGAAAAGGUAGACCCUGAAAAGAGAACCAAAAUCUCCAGCCUGCUGCUCCAACAAAAUCAAGCUUCCUCUUUAAUAGAGGAGCAAGUGGAAAAUGCCCAUGCAGAAGAGGAGCAACCAAUCAGAUUCAAGGUCCUUGCCAAACAAAGAAGACCUUCAGUUGUUUCAAGGCACCAGAGCAUUGAUGUCAAAGAUGCAACAGGUCUCCUAAAGUCUCUAGAGCACUUGUCACUAAAUGAGAAUGCUGAGGGAAGAAGGAAAUGUCUUGGCAGAAAGAUGUCAUAUGAUAGUGCUACGAGUUCUUUGCAUGCAACGUCUCACCCAAACUUGCAUCAGGAUAGCCUCCCUUUCUCCGAUGAGUCCAGUCCAGGGGAUGAAGAUUGCUCUGAUACUCUUAGACAGCUCAAUAUUUCCAGUCUACAAAAUGUGGUAAACCGCAGGAACACCGGGAUGGACCACUAUAGCUCUGACUCACAGCUCCUGCAAGUGGGCAGUCGAGAAAGAAUGCUAAAAAGUGGCGGAGCACCCGGAUCAGGUCCUGAAAAGCAUAAACAGAUGAGCUGUAGACCCCCCACUUUGUCUGGAUCCAAGGAGUCUCUGGAGAGUUCAGGCCCCAGACGAGGUGUUUCUGGCCUUGAGCGAAGAGGUUCUGGAGCCCUUCUUCUUGAUCAUAUUGCCCACACUCGCCCUGGUUACCUUCCUCCUUUGAAUCCUCACGUUCCUAUUCCAGAUAUCGGGGUUAGCCCUAGCUUCUGCACUUCCAGUGGAAGGAGUCCCGUUUUAACAGGGACCAAGUCUGUUCUACCCAGUGUACCUGUUUUCUCGCAGGAUCUAAAAGGUAAAAAACCUCUGUGGAGACGCCACUCUAUGCAAAGCGAACAAAUAAAACAGCUUGUGGGCUUUCGAGAAGCUUUUGGUCAUUAG